CUCUUGAAAGAUAUUUCACUCAUUUCCAGAGAACGCGCAGAAAACGGAAACAACAAUGUCAAACAUGCUUUCACAGAAGAGAUAACUGUUAGUUUCAACUAAAGAACUCAGUAUCCAGUGUUCACAGAAGAGGUAACUGUUAGUUUCAACUAAAGAACUCAGUAUCCAGAGUUCACAGAAGAGGUAACUGUUAGUUUCAACUAAAGAACUCAGUAUCCAGGGCUCACAGAAGAGAGGUCCUCACAGUCAUUGGAUCUCAAGUUGACCACGAUAAUUGAAAAUGGCAGAUUUUGCACGAGAACAGUUGAAAAAGUUUGGAUGGACAGAAGGUAAAGGACUUGGGAAAAAUGAAAAUGGCAUUUCUACUGCUUUGAAACCAAAACUGAAGUUUGACACUUAUGGGGUAGGCCAUAACCCAGGUGAACAGUUCAGUUUUAAAUGGUGGGAUCAUGUCUUCAACAAUGCUGCAAGAAACUUUGAUUUCAUCAAUUCGGAGGUAGGUACAUUAAAUGACAGUACAUUUACUCCAUGUGCUAGCUGUGGAGAUGAGAGUGAAGAUGAGGAAUUAAUUUCCAGAGAAACUGAUGAAGAUAUGUUCAAAAAGUGUAAAGGAAGAACUGCCCACAAAGCAGCAAGACAUGGAUACCAGAUGAAUGGUAAACUGAAGAGAAUAGAAGAACAAGAAAAAGCAUAUAUGACCUUACAGAAUGGAGAAGAGACUUCUAUGGGAAUGGAUCAACAAGAUAAUAAACCUUACAAAAAAAGGAAAAAGAACCAAGUGUCUGACUUGAAAGAUUUAAGGAAUAUAAAAAAGAAGCAAAUGCAUUCAGAAGAAGAUGUUGUCAACCAAGGAAAGAUUGCAAGAAAGGCUUCAAAUAGUUUAUGCAAUUUUAGUGAUACUGAUGUAAAAACAAGAAAGAAACAGAGUAAAAGGUAUUCAUAAUUUCUCUACCUAAGGCCAAUAAAUUUUUAGAUAAUUACA